AUGUCGAUGGUAUCCGCUGGCGGCGGCUCGUCCAGCUCGUCCGACCAGGACGUGGUGCGGGAGAUCACAACCCUGCACCGACAUCUCGAAGGGCGCAUGGAAGAGCUCCGGCGAAUGUUUGCCCGCGGCGGAAACCAACCGCAGGCCUCCACGCCGGAAAUGCGGUCUUAUCAGGGUGCAACGGAAUCCUGUUUGCGCGACUUUGAGAGGCACCUCGAGCGGCUAUCUGCGCUGUGGGCGGGCGAUAGUAGGACGACGACGCAGAUGAAGCUGAGGAGGUGUUUCUUUAAUGUGCAGCUACGUCUUGUAUUUCGAAACAGUAUCAGGUGCCAACGUCAACGUGUGGUUGUGUCGAUGACAAUGAAAUCCACAACAUCACGUAACAAACAAAGAGGUGUAAAAUAAACAUCUGAAGGUUUCGCGAGCAGUACCGAGACCUUGUCCAGGAUUUUAAGUCGCUGACACGCGACCUACCCGCGCAGAUAGGGAAAAGUAACCUUCUACCAGUCCGAGAGCGCGACGUGUACGCGAAAAAUGAAGAGGAAGGUACCAGUAGGAGGUUUUGGUUUGUCUCACGCAAGAGUUCCUGCGCGAACUCGAGAUUCGUUGCAAGAGCAAUUUCUUCUGACGCGGUGUUGAUUCAAGUCUGUUAAAUUGCUCAGGUCUCCUACGGGAACGCGGUACGCUCGAGCAGAGCCACUUGCUGAUCGACGAGGCGCUGAGUAAUGCGAACGCAAACCGCGAGCAGAUAGGGAAGCACAAUGAGAUAUUUCGGGACAUGCGACAGAAAAUGACGAGAAUAAACAGCAUGUUUCCGAACAUGGAUUCCCUCAUUGGCAAGAUCGGCACUCGUAUCAAAUGUAAAAAUGUCUGGAUCUGGAAGAAUGCGCGAUUUGUCAUGCUGCUUUUCUAUGACCCAUGAGGUCUGGAAUGCAGGACCUAGCAUGACAGAUUCUGUGCGAUCUCUCUCAUGCUUAUCCUGCAUGAGAAACUCCCUCCCGACUUGGUCAAAACUGGACGACUUUUGGUAAUCAUUUAACACAAAUUUUUCUUUGCAUGCUUCAGAUUUAGCAUGACAUGUUGAAAUGAUCUUCCAGACCCAGACAUUUUUACAUUUGAUAACUCGACAACGGUUCGAGAGCUUCGUGUUGUUGGGCACGACGGCAUUCUGUCUGCUGGUCAUUCUCUGGUACAAAUGCAUACACGGGGGCUGA